UUACGAGAGAGCGAGAGAGCGAGAGUGAGAGAGUAUGAGGGAGUAGUGGAGUAGUGCGUGAAAGCGUGGAGUGGAAUACAAGACAGGCCACACAGGCUGCGCGUUAACGCUAAUGCGGAUGACUUUUCUCUCCAAUCUCCAUAUCUUUCUGAUUGAAAAAAUGUCGUCAGCGGUUGUCGCGGCGGCGACGUUGGAGUAAACGUCGAAAUAUGUCCGGGCCGAUAGUCGGUCGCGCGCAGACACUCGGCGAGGGCGUUCAAACGGUUCAUACGGGUACGAAGGCGAUUUGCGCGGUCUGUGACAAGAGUGACAAGCUGUCGAGGUGUUCGCGCUGCAAAGUCGUCUUCUACUGUACGAAGGAGCAUCAGAGACGCGACUGGAAGCAUCACCGGGUGUUUUGCGCGACUCAUCCCGCGGAGAAGCCGUUCUCCUUGGCCUCGGCUUCGGCUUCCGUAACCGCUGUCGAUCGUCAGCGUCCAGCGGGAUCAACGGGAUCAGCGGGAUCAGCGGGACCAGCGGGACCAGCGGAGCAUCCCUCUGUCGGCUGCGGCGACACAGCCUCGAGCGCCUCAUUGCUCUCUAACCUAGACGGACUAGACGGGACCUCGGACUCGGAGCCGCAGCCGUCGCAAAACGCCAAACAUUUGGCAGCAGAGUCUAUUGUGCGAGAGAAAAACGAGCCGGGUCAACAAGAAGAACGGAAAGAAAGCCAGAACAAGAAGAGAUCGAAUAACGGAAAGAGCAGCGCGAGGAGCGCGCGGAAUAACAAGGUCGAUGGCUGGACGUCGCCUAUAACGUACGAGGGAAGCUCAGAGGACACGAUACUCGGAGCUCGAGCUGAACUAUUAAAUCCCAUUGUAGAGAGUUCGAGGAUUUUUAAUAGUUUCAGCAAGACGGAUCUUGGCUCGCUCGCUCAACAUCGUAACGGCAUGAAGAACUUGAACUCAGAGAUACAGGAUCAGGAAGAAGAACUUUUGCCUCCUUUUCUACAUAGGAAUAGAAGUAAUCUCGAAGAACUUCUAGACAAAAUUUGUCAAUAUGUGAUAAGGGACAUGGACAAGUACGGAGUGUGCGUGGUAGACAAGUUUUUAGGCAAGGAGAGAGGUCUUAAAGUGUUGAACGAAGUGUUAAACAUGUAUAGCGCCGGACUAUUUCAAGAUGGACAAUUGGUUUCUAAUAAGGGUAGUGCGAAUGACUUAAAGACGAUACGCGGGGAUCAGAUUAUAUGGCUGGAUGGGAAAGAAGACCAUUGUGAAAAUGUUGGCACUUUGAUAUCACAGGUCGACGCGAUCAUCAUGAGAGCCAAUAAAAUGCACAAUAAUGGCAAGAUAGGCAACUAUACCAUCACUGGCAGGACGAAAGCGAUGGUAGCUUGUUAUCCCGGUCACGGUUCACAUUAUGUGAAACAUGUGGAUAAUCCUAACCGAGACGGACGUUGCAUCACAGCCAUAUAUUAUCUCAAUCGGGAUUGGGACGUCAAGGAGAAUGGCGGACUUUUAAGGAUAUUUCCCGAAGGCUGGCGCGAUCAAGUAGCAAAUAUAGAACCUUUGUUCGAUAGGAUAUUAUUUUUCUGGUCGGACAGGCGAAAUCCACACGAGGUGCAACCAGCGUUUAAGACGAGAUAUGCCAUUACGCUUUGGUACUUUGAUGCCGAAGAAAGAAAUCAGGCUUGUCGAAGAUAUCAAAGAGAAAGAGAACUUCAUACGAAGAAUAAUAGUUCGUGAGACACAGAGCGAGGAAUUGAAUAACGUAUGAAGAAAGUUAUCGAAGACAAUGUGUGUUUGUAAGGAAGUGCAAUAGAUGUAAAAGCAUACUUUUUUUUACAAAUGGCACUGUAAUAUACGUGAUGAUUUAAUGUUGCUGUGUAAUUGUUGCAAUUUAUGCUUUUAUGUGUGUGCGCACAUGCGCACACGUAUAUACAUAUAUACAUAUAGAAUCUCAGAAAUAAAGGAUAUUUCAUUUUUCAUACAAAAUCUUUUAUUUCUAAGACUCUACGUGUGUUUGCACUUCGUAAUUUAAUAUUUAAAAUAUCAAAUUUGCUUCCUAUAUGUUUUGAAGAAAAUAUUUGUGUCAAUCAUUAACUUCCGUUAUGUAAAGUAUUAACAAUAUUUAGAGGAUGUUGCAUUUGAAAUAUUUUAAGCAAGAUCAUAGAAAAUAUAUAAUGUACAAAAAUUUCUUCCAGAAAUUCAUUAUUGUCAUUAAUACACCUUGAUUUCAAGUAAAUUUUCAUAAUAUUUGUAUGCGUUAUUUUAAGCGAUAUCAAAGAAACUAGAUACUGAAAGAUAAAAUUAUAUUGCUCAUACAAAGUGUAAUAUUAGUAUUAUCAUGUUGUAAUGUUAUGAUUGAACAUUAACAACUCUUUACGCUUACAGAAAGAUCAUGUUUGGUUUAUUACGGCCAGUAAUUGACUUCCUACGCAACAAAUUGAAAUAAAUCGAAAUAAAUUGGGGCCCAGUCUGUACCUGUAUAAUAUUAUACAUAUAUUGCAAAAUGGUAGAAA